CUCGCAUUUUUUUUUUUUUUUUUAAUAAUGGAGACAAAUAAUGAAGUCAAAGCUGCACCUGAAGCGCUCAUUGCGAAAUUCGAGGUUUCUAGGCUCCUCAAGCAAGAUCAGAACGGACGCCGAAUUGCCCUUCUCGGAUCCAUUGAUGGAAAACAAGGCAUCCUUACCGCCGAACGCGCAGCAUUCGCAACCGAAUCCCUCGCUUCUCUGAAAGCCUUCCACUCUGCAAUCACACGCGUGAACAACCUGGGAGAUAACGAUAUCUACCGAUGGUAUCUGGCAUCCUCGGGGUCAGAUGCAGAUGGUCAACCAUCGCAUGAUCUCAAGCUGAAUCUCAUCUGGCCGUGCACAGAGCAACACAUCAAGAAGUAUUCGGACCAGGUACUCCGCAUGGUAACCGAGACACCGGGGAUCUACCGUGAUUAUAUCCAGCCUUACAUGAAAGCCACGCGAGAGGCGGGGCGAUUAAAUUGGGUAUUUAAUAUUCUGGAGGGACGCACCGAGCAGGAGGAUGUAAUUCUGCGAGAUCCGGGACAUGGACCGGAAGACGGAUUCCUGAUGCUACCGGAUCUCAAUUGGGAUAGAAAGACCAUGGGGUCGCUGCAUUUGCUGGCUCUGGUGCAUAGACGCGACAUUUGGAGCCUGCGGGAUCUCAAGAAAAAGCAUAUCCCUUGGCUGCGGUAUCUACGACAGCGGGUGCUUGAGGGUACAGUCAAGAUGUAUCCUGAGCUGGAGCAGGAUCAGUUGAAGCUCUAUGUGCAUUACCAACCCACAUACUAUCAUUUCCAUAUCCACAUUGUCAAUGUUAUGCUGGAAGCUGGCAGCACACAGGCAACCGGCAAGGCAUUUGGAUUGGAGAAUAUCAUCGCUCAACUGGAGACCCUUUCUGGAGACGAAGAGGCGAGCAUGGCAGAUAUCAGCUUGACUUAUUUCCUUGGGGAAGCGAGUGAGCUGUGGACAAGCGUCUACUCUCCGCUUAAGCAGGGGACGAAGCCUGGACUAGCCAACUAGACUCUAUAUUAGAUGCUUUGAUGAAUGCACCAGUGAAAUGAAAUGAAAACAUACAAG